AUGCAGCAUGUUUCAGUUUUCGGAUACCCCACUCCGCCAGCGUCGCCAGCCUUUGAUCAGCCUUGCGCUAUCCCGGCUCAGCACUUGACCAUCCACCACCAGCACCCGUGUCUGCCUCGCUACCCCCCCAUCACGCCUGAGGAGAGGUUAGGGAGGUUCAUCACGGGCUCGCUGCAAUUGACAGAAAUCGUGGGAACAGGCGCCUAUGGUGUUGUGUACUCAGCCGUCGAUACCAAGACGCAGGUGCGCUAUGCUGUGAAGUGCCUGAGCAGGUUCAAUCCGGAUGGAACGCCUUUAGAUCAACGCCAGUUGGCUUUCCAGACCAGGGAGAUCCGGUUACACUACCUCGCCUCCAAACAUAAGAAUGUGGUCUCGAUCCUGAAAAUUAUCGAUGCGCCGGACGCCAUUUACGUUGUACUAGAGUACUGCCCCGAGGGCGAUUUGUUUUUUAACAUCACCGAGCGCGGUCAGUACGUGGGUAAGGAUGAUUUGGCCAAGCAGGUCUUCCUUCAAAUCCUGGAUGCCGUGGAGCAUUGCCACAAGCUGCACAUCUACCAUCGGGACCUAAAGCCGGAAAACAUUCUGGUGUCUGACCAGGGGAGGACUGUCAAGUUGGCAGACUUCGGCCUGGCCACUUCUUCUGAGAAGUCUGAAGAUUAUGGUUGUGGUUCAACCUUUUACAUGUCUCCAGAAUGCCUGGAUCAUUCAUCAAGCAAGCCAUUUUAUUACUGUGCUCCCAAUGAUGUCUGGAGUCUUGGAGUUAUCUUGGUGAACCUGACUUGUGGUCGGAAUCCGUGGAAGCAGGCCUCCAUGGAGGAUUCCACUUAUCGGGCCUACACUAGGAACCGGGAUUUCCUCAAGACCAUCCUUCCGGUGUCAGACGAGCUGAACGACAUCCUGGGAAGAAUCUUUACGCGGAACCCAGAGCAAAGGAUCACGCUUCCAGAGCUGCGCCGCCGGAUUCUUGCGUGCUCCAAGUUCACCGAGCAGCAGCCGGCUGCCACGCUUUCACAGGAGCCUAUCCUUCCUGGGCCUGCGGUAUCACCUUACGUUUGCGAUGAUGACUCGCCCAUGGGUGACGGCGACGCAUGUGAGUACGAUGACGACGACAGCGCCGCCGCCGAGUAUGACCAUGAUGUUCCGCUUUCGCCCACUUCGUCGGAGGGAGGGUCGACCUGCUCAUCUGGAAGCAGCAGCAGCAGCUCUUCGUUCACUUCGACGUGCUCCAGCAUUGACGAGUUUGACAAAGACGAGGAAGAGUUUGCCGAAGAUAGGGCAGAGGUCAAGACACCCCCGCCACCUACUACGUUACCAACCGAGCCGGCGGUUUGCGAGGCUGAGGAUCUGCGGAUGGCUUUCCCCCCCCAAGUUCACUAUCAGCAACAGCACUACCAGCAUCCACAGGCCAUGUCCCAGUACCCGCACGCCUAUGACAUGCCCGUGCAGGAACCCGUUUACCAUCCUCACCCCAUCCCGGUCCCUCCUCAGGCCGCGUGUACACCGAAGUUUUAUCAGCUGCAGCAUUACGUUUAUGAGAUGUUCCGGCCUGCGCAGCCGACUACACCCGCAACGUCCCAGCUGCGCCACCCAGUCCCCUUCUACCCCCAGAUUUCGCUUUUUGCCCAUAUGCCGGGUUUUUAA